CUCGGGUGGUUCUUUUUCACUACAGUGUUUAUGUGAGAAGAGUCGUAAGGCCGGAAGAUUAUUCUCUCCCGCAGGCUUGGUGUUGCAGUCGUGUGAUGUGAUGGGAACAUCUACAUCUAAGCCCAGAUACCAGUUCCAUGUGGUUAUUGUCGGUGGAGGGUAUGCUGGUGUUACUGCUGCCUCCCACUUGGACAAGUACUGCCAAGUUACACUGAUUGAUCCAAAGGAUGCAUUCCACCAUGCUGUUGGAUCACUGCGCAGUGUUGUGGAGCCAUCAUUCAUCAAGAAGACAUGGAUUCCUUAUGAAAAUUCUCUUGCUAAUGGCACCUUCAUACAAGCAAAGUGUGUAAGCGUCCAUUUGUCUCUGAAAAAAGUGACUUUGUCUAAUGGACAGGAGCUAGAAUAUGAUUAUCUGGUCUUUGCAUGUGGUUCAUCUGUGCCUUUUCCAGGUAAAGUUCCACUUGGGAUGUCCAAAGAUGAUGCAUUUAAAAUAUAUCAAGAGAUAGCACAAGAGGUUGAAAAGAGUAACAAAAUUGUCGUUAUUGGUGGAGGUCCUGUGGGUGUUGAAUUAGCAGGAGAAAUUGCAACAGAUUAUCCAAAUAAACAAGUAACAAUUGUGCACUCCAGGGAUCGUUUAAUUGAUGAUAGGAUGUCUGCCAAAUUUCUUAAAAAGAUCCACAAUGGUGUGAAGGCAUUGAAAAUUAAUACUAUUCUUGGAGAGAAAGUUAUCCUUGAUGACUUAGAUUUUGGUGAUCAAAAGCCAUGGGUCAGCGGUCCAGUAACUCUGAGCACUGAUAAAGGAACAUCCAUUGAGGCAGAUAUUGUGUUCAGAUGRACAGGARUGAAGGUCAAUGCAGAUGCUUAUCGCUCUAAACUAUCUGACAAAAUGGACCACAAUACAGGCACAUUGAAGGUUAACCAAUAUUUACAAGUUGAGGAAAUGAAUGAAGUCUUUGCCAUUGGAGACUGCAGUAACACAGAUGAAUUAAAACUAGCCUAUGCAGCUGGUGCSCAUGGAGAACUAGUAGCCUUCAACAUCAAGCAGUUAAAUGAAGGUAAAAAGUUGAAGGAGUACAAGUUGCCAAAUSCUAUAAUGGUUGUUCCUAUUGGACGAAAUGGGGGUGCCGCACAGUUGCCUAAUGGUGCAGUAAUGGGCAGCCUACUGACAAAAAGUAUUAAGGGCAAGGGGUUAUUUGCUUCAAGGUAUUGGAAAUUAAUGAACCAGAAGAUGCCAUCUUAAGUACAGUAUCUUGUUAUAAUGGUACUAUGUACAAUCUAAUUGACAAUAUCAAAAUGUUCUUGACUGCAAGAUAGCUAGAACAUGAUGAUUCCAAGUUCUAGACAGAUUACAUUAGUUGAAUGGAUUUAUGUUCCAUCAUGUUUUCUAGUUCAAGAUUAGUACAUAUAUUUAUGAUAUAUAAUAAUUAUAUAUUAAGAUAUUUAUAAUUAUUAUAUGGUAUAAUUAUAUCUAUUUAAAACUAAUUUCUUAAGAUCUUAUAAUGCCUUAUAAUGGUAAGGGAAUCAUUAGUUGCUAUUGCACUAGCCUCCUUGCCAAACAACUCUACUCCAUGGGAUUCCUGUGCCAAAGGGGUUUUCAACACGGGAACACCAAAAUACAAAAAAGUCUGUUUCUGCUGGAGCAGUCUGCUAAGGAGGCUAAUUUUACACUAGGUUUUUUAAUUUUGUUUUUUUCUAAACAAGUUUUCUGAUUGGCACAGAAAAUGCCAGCUAUAGUCAUUUUGACAUUAUUUGGCAGGGUAUCUAUUUGCAUUAUCGGAAAAUAUUUCGAGACCUCAAGAAAUUGACCCUAUGAAAAAAUGAUCUCAGUGUAACUGCAGCAAUAGAAUGGAUUCCAUACAAUAACCCAUUAUUGAUUUCCAUAUGUGAAAUAGUCAUGCGAAAAAACAAAGCAAAACAAAAACCUGAAGACGAGGCUCAUGCUUAAAAGGAUUAACUAUCGUUUCCCCCUUUGUGUAUGACCAGUCAACCAGGAUAUCAAAAGUGGGCUAUAAUUUGUGCAAAAACUACUUUUCUGUAUUGUAGCCAUGUUCUGUGCAUUUCAUAGAAAAAAGGCCUAUCGUUAGAUUUUUAGUCUACCCUGAGCACUUUUAGUUUUCUUAAUUUUGUCAGUUAGCUCUCGUUUAUCUAUAACCUUAUUUGUACUAUUUUUGCAGGCAAUUAAUUUUGAAAAAUCAAAUCAAGCAUAUUUUGCAUAAAUUUUUUGACAAAUAAGUGCUUCUAAUGUAUGAGUGUCGUGUGUAAACUUUUUUAAAGACCUGUGAAAAUUAGUACAAAUAAAGUACAAUGACAUUGAAUAACAUGAGAAUUGACAAAUACUUUUUCACCUAAAGAUUAAAAGACAUAAAUUAAUAGACAUAGAUUAAUAGACAUGCAUUAAGCCAAUUCAAAAAAUGGCAGACAAUUUACAUACUUGUUGUUUUAUACUGACUAGCCUAUUGCUAAUGCCAAAAUACAAAAAGCUACUCAAAUUGGAACAAUCGUUCAUUAAAUAAGUCUGCUAUUUUUUAAAUCGGWAUAUUUUAAGAUUAAAGUUUUACAUAUUUUAGAUUAAAGUUGUCAUUUUUAUUGAUUUGAAAAUAGAUUAAUUUGGAUCAUAUUGUGCCAGGAUGUAUAAAUUGAUAAGGUUUUAUGUAACUAUAAUAUUAUUAAUAAUAUGGCAUACUGUAUGUUUCAGGGUUUCUUUUCUAAUUUAUUUUACUUAACUGAAGCAUGAUGAGUUGUGAAUUUGAAAAACCGACUACCACCAACUUCUAAGAUUAUGAUGUUUUCGAGCAAUAGUCACAGUUUUGUUACUUAACCUCAUGUUAAGUACAAAUUUUCUUAAUACUGAUAAUGCUGUACAAAUUUUAAGCAUUGUAUUGAAUGUGUGUGUUACUAUCAUUGUAGGAUAGUUAUUCAUUACAGUAUUGCUCACUUAUUGAGCGUAAGGUAKUCAAGUUAAUGGUAAUGGUGCCGUUACAUUGGAUGAAGUCUGAAUAUCAAGUUUAUUGUGUGUCAGUCAAGAACCACUAUCUUGCUGUCUAAGAAGUGUUUUGUGGCUGCAGUGAUUUAUAAGAUCAAGUACAUUUUCUAUCAGGCUCAGUGCAGUUAGAAAAUAGAAAAUAAAGUUUCACCCCUUUGUUUCUAAGGACAAGUGGGGUCAAUCAAAAUAAUAGGUUUUAUUGGCACAUCAAGUCACUCCAUGGUUUACAAGAAAUUGUCCUGAUUUUUAGAUUGUAUUUUUUCUUCACAAAAAAAGGAAAAUAGUUAUAACAAACAUGCUAAGAAUAUUUGGCAUAAUUAUAUUGUACCUUAUUUUUCAUGUGUCUAUGUUGUAAACAAGUAUACAUAAUAAUAACAUGGUUAAA